AUGAGGUCUACAAGAGAACGUGUCGCUUUAGACGGUAAGCACCCAAAUUGCGAAGCUGUGGGCUUCUGGCUGCGACCCUUAUCGGGUAUUGGGCCUGGAAGUCUGUGCGAUCAAACUACACAAAAACGACAAGUGCUUUGCUGCCGAUUGUGCCUUGAGGCUCGUGGAUCUCCGCCUCCCGGGGGUAAUGUGUCGCAUCCUGACAAAGCAAAGCCUUCAUCAGCUUCACUAAACAAUGGUGUCGGGUCAACCUUUAAUCUUGGGAAAUUAGAUAUCCCCCACGCGAUGAACCCAGUAAAAAAGAACUGGAGUCCUCGAAGAAUACUUAUGGUGGAUGCUCUCGAUCGUUAA